UGUCUCGACGCCAGCGCGUUGCGAUCAACGCAUUGUGUACUGAGCGGAGGAAGGGCUGUUUUUAGGAAAAACUCGCUUGUAGCUCGUUUUCUACAUCACUACGAAAGAAAAGAGGCGUCAAUUGUGUAGUGAAAACCUUUUGCUCGCGAGUUAUUAAUCCCGAAAGUUGAAUCUGUGAAUAUCUUGCCAACUCACGCAGAGCUGCGAAUAUGGCUUGUGUUGCGACAUACAGUUUUCUAAUGAUCAGUAUCUGUUUCAGAAGCACCUCAUGGGCAGACGCAAUGGUGCAAGUUACACCUUUAUUUGGAGCUGUUGGGAAUGAGAUCAUCAUCCAGUGUGCUACAUGAUAAAACCCCUCAAGAUGGGGUGUACAUGUACAAAAAAGGGGCAAGUAAAUAUAAGCAGGAACUCUUCUACUAUUACAAAGAUGGCACUUUUAUCCAUAGAUCAACAAUGUACAAACCCAAAGUCCGUGUAGAUGGAAAAAUUCCCAACCUUAAUGUCACCUUCUCAAAUGUAAAUACCACAGACAUUGGGCUUUACUGGUGUGAAUUUAAUUUGGAAGAGAAAAUUACAGUUAGCAGGCUCACAUGGUUAUGGAUAGAAAAAUCAGAGGGAAAAAAAGAAGACAACACAGAAGAAAAAAAAAAAGAUACAAAUGAAAUAGAAGAUGAUAAAAAGUGUCCAGAAGAUCCUCAUGUGAAGAUCGUUCUCAUUGUGUGUGCUGUCAUGUCGCUACUGUGCAUCACUGGUUUCGUCUUUGUGGUUCUGAAGGUGCAGGGGUGUUGGGGACACAAGAAAUACAGACCAUCAAAUCAACCCUCAGACUCGGUUUAUGAAGAGAUGAAACGGAGCAAUGUGGACUGCCCGCCCAGUGUACGGACAUUCAUCAACCCUGACUAUCAAUCCACCAAGCUACUCCGCUAAAUACCUGUGAUAUAGAGUUUACAUUGUAUAACUCUCUAUUUGGAUUGGCAAAGCUUUUAAAUGAUUUAUUGCUUUGUAUUUGAGUUUAUCAUUUUAACUUUUUUCCUGCUCCUCUUAGUUCAGCGAGAGAGAAAUACAAUUCUUUAAUUAAUUAUCAUGAGUACUGUAGUGCUGUAGAUCAGGAAGAAUUUAAAAUAGUAUAAGUGUGAAGAACAACAACAAAAAAAGAUGCGUCAGUUUAAGAGAUAUUGUUAGCUGAUGGACAAAAGAUAUGUCAAAGACCUCAUUUGUGGUCUGAUGCGUCAUGCAUGUGCAAAGAACUCAAGAAUGUUGUUAAGUGCUUGCUACUUUCCGUCUGACAAGUAGGCCAACAGUGAACUGACUGAUGGAAAAGUUGAGAAUCAUAUUUCACUCCUCUGAUCAUAAUAAUGGCAAUCAAAUCCUUUUUGUCUCAUUGCUAAUUUUAAACUAAACAGCAAAUGGUACUUGUUUGCACAGUGUGUAUUUGACUCUCUUUUAACUUGGUUUCCACUCUUAACCAAUCAUCUUCUUUUGCAGCUGUGGUCAUGUUUUCUUCCUUUCUAUAACCUUUUAGAAUGCAUCAAAAGAAAGCCACACUGAUGUGUUUCUUGUGUUGACUAACAAUGUUGAAUAUAAAGGUUUAACACUUACGUAGUGUGUUUGCUUUUAUAUAUUAAUUAACAUGCAUGCUGUUUUACUCAUCAUCCAGCUUGGCUGCAUUUGUAAUGCAUUUUAAUGUUUUUAAUGUAAUGUUAAUUGUUUUUUUAUUAUUAUUAUUUAACAUAUCUUGUCUCUGACAAGAGUAUGUCUUGUAUCUCUAUGUGCAAAAUAACAUUUGUAAAGUAAAAUGCAUUAAAACAUUUGAUUAAUAA